AUGGACCCUGAGAAAAUGGAUGUUGUUCGUGAGGAAGCAAUUAGUCCGUCUAAUGAGCCUAUCCAGCAAAAUCAGGUCUUCCAUAAAGAGCCCUUGCACCGAGAUCCUCAUGGGCUUCCAGUGAUUCCGCAGCCGACAGCCCAUAAAGAUGACCCAUUGAAUUGGCAUCCCGCGCUCAAAUUGAGCGUCUGUCUCCAAGUCAGUUGGCUUGCCCUCCUGGGGCCACUUUCAGCUGCGGUUGCGAAUCCAUCAUUUGUUCUGAUGAGCCACACGUUUGGCUUGAGUGUUGAGGAAGCUAGUUACGAACUCACGGUCUUUCUCGUUUGUGCCGGAGUUGGGCCAUUGGCCGUCGUCCCCUUUGCCAAUGCAUAUGGCCGUCGACCUGUUUACCUGCUGGGUAAUCUCAUCGCAGCCAUCACGAAUAUCAUUGCGGGUUAUUGCGACACCUGGGCUGGGAUAAUGAUUACCCGUGUCUUUAAUGGAUUGGGCGCCGGCGCUGUCAUCGCCAUGGGUGCAGCAACUAUCUGCGAUCUGUACUUUGUGCAUCAACGGGGGGUUUAUAUGGGUAUUUAUACCCUUGCACUGACAAGUGGAGCACACGUUGCUCCUCUUCUCGGGGGCUUCAUCGCGCAGUCUCUCGGGUGGCGAUCCUGCUUCUACAUUCCCGGCUAUAUACAGCUGGGCACGUUCGUCUUGACUCUCUUCAGUCUACCCGAGACUCGUUAUUCAGCGGCGCAUCGUUCUGACUCCACGCCGUAUCUGGAGCAAACAUACUUCCAAAAUCUGGUUUUCAAGCGGAGCAAGGCUCCCGGCCGUCGACCGAAUCUCCGAGAUUUUUAUAGGCCCUUUGAGAUGCUCAAAUUAGUCGCCAUCUUAUGUCCUGCCGUCUUAUACAUGGCCUGCUUUGGUUACGGCACUGUACUUUUUGCGCUGACAGGUGCCAAAUUAUUUACCACUCUCUAUGGGUUUACUACCGCUCAGACAGGUCUGAUGCUUAGCAUACCUCUGCUGCUUGGAGGCAUAACCGGGGAGUUCAGCGCUGGCUGGGUGACUGACUGGCUUUCAAAUCGCCACGCAAAACGGAAUAAUGGCGACCGUCUUCCCGAAGCCCGGCUAACUGCUAUAUACGGCGCCUUGUUUGUUCCAGUUGGCGUGAUUAUUGAAGGGGUAUGUCUUUCACACAGUGAAACGGUUAGUUGGGUGGGAAGCGCGUUUGGAAUGGGCAUCGCCAAUAUGGGCCUUCAAAUCGCUACUACAACAAUAUAUGCGUAUGCUACGGAUGUCAGUUCAAGUGCAGAGAUAUCCACUAUAUUCAACGCUUUCCGACAGAUAUUCUCGUGUCUCAUUUCCUUCUACGCGAUUCCGUUUGCUGAAAGAAUCGGUAUCCAAUAUGCCUGGCUGACGUUUGCAAUCAUCGUUGUAAUACUUCUAAUCCCCGUCGUUUUCCUCAAGUUUCAAGGCCCAAAGUGGAGGAAUCUUCCCUCUCAAAAGCCUCCCCUUUAG